AUGCCUACGGCAACAGCCAACAUGGGUUUCAAGAUGGAAUGGGACGAGUUUCUAAAACUUUAUGCCAAACGCAACCGUGGUUCUCUUACAACAACACCUGGUCAAAGCACCCUUACAUACAUCUUCUCUCCUCAGGAUAUUAGAGACGCAAUCAGGGCUCCUCAUUCCCCCGAGAGUCGCCAACCAAGCCCUUCUGGUCAAUAUGUAAUGCCAAGUCCUACAUACGGCUAUGCACCUUCAACCGGGUCUUCCUGUUCUGGAGUCUUGAGCCCCUUUUAUCUAUCCUCACCUACAGAUUCUGUGCGAUCAACAACUUCGGCCUGGCGUCCAGAAAGUCAGGACUAUACUCUAUCACCUUCACCUUCUUUUUCACGUUCUUCUUCACCUCCUUCUUCGCCUUCCUUUUCAGCUUCGUCCUGGCGUACAGAAAGUCAGCACUACACUCUAUCAUCUUCACCCUAUUCUUCACCUCCUUCUCCAGCUUUGUCCUGGGAUACCAGUCAAGGAAGCUAUAGUCCUUCACCAUCUCCAAACAGGCUCAUCAGAAACACACACAAAAGAGUAUAUCAAAAACGUGCCAAGGUUCAGGGUGAGGUGUAUCUGCCUCUGGGGCCCCAGACCCGACUCCUCUCAAAGAUCCAAACUCUCUUGGAGCAUGCCUGCUUCACUUAUGCUGAGAAGCAUCUUCCACAACUACUCGAUGAAAACGAUUGGGACUGUCCAGAAGCCGGAGAACUCAACGUGUGGAUGCAUCACUUGGCGAUACACGGUUUAGAGCUGCAUUAUUUGGCUAGAGACCGUGGCAUUACAGAACGUCUUUCUAGCGUGAUGCAUUCAGUAAAAAAUAUUCGUCACGAUGCUGUACACCGCAACAGAGUGGAAAUUAGUCGACUGGCAAUAUAUCUGGACCAUGCUGUGGAUCUUUGCAUGGUUCUUGGAGACCAAGGGGACUUGAAUAAACUCAAAGCAAUUCGGGACGAGACAAAGGCCCAGAUCGCCCCGCUUCAAGCUGCUGUACUCGAGGCCGGAAAAAACAUAGCGAAGUUCUAUGAGGCUCGCUAA